AUGAUUGCGGCGAAACAAACUCAAAAAACGGGAGAUUGCAACACAAAUCGGACGUCAAAAAGAAACGAAAGGAAACAACAGAAUUGGGCAGUCACUCAAAAAAAAUCCAUGCAAAUAAAAAAGAAAAAAACUUUGAAGACAAACAGUGUUAAAAUGUCAAGCCACGCUAAAAGCGUCCAAGAGGUAGAACUGCACGCUCCAAAGGCCCAACGCGCAGUCCCACGCUCUGUGGACAAUAUUAAAUCAUAUUCCCCACACCAUCCCAUCGACCCCAAAGCAGUCAAAGUCACAACUGUUGUUGAAGUCGAAGACGAACGAUCAAAGAACGAAAAGAGGGCUGAAUAUAGAGAGCAGAAACAUCAAAAACAAAAGGGGAAAAACCCAAAAAGAAUUGAAAAACGAGUAGAAAAAUUCGACGAUUGA